ACUUUUAAGUUGAAUAUUUGAUAAUUUCUUUGAAACUGGAGCUUUAGUUUUGCGCCGAUCGUUGACUUGUACGUUUAUGCUGUUUGCUUUAAUCUAACUUUUGUUUUGUUAAAGUGUACAGAUACAUUAGAAAUUAAAUAUUAAUAAAAAAAUAUUGGUGCAGCAAAAUUUACCUAAAUAAGUUUAAAGUAAAAUUGUAGAAAAAUGAACAAAAAGUAUAAUAAAACAAAAAAGAGCGUUCCUGAGGUUGUGGAGAAACCUUUAACAAUUAGCACUGGCAAGACCUAUGCAGAUAUAUGUUCUAAUUUUAAGAAUAAACUUAAUAUCAAAGAAGAUGUGGAAAAGGCACCAGGGUCGGGAGCGCAAAAGCCUGGUCCUAAUCUUCCGUAUUAUCGUAUUUUUGAACAACCAUAUUUCGGAAAUUUCACAAUAGUCGAAGACCUGGCAUAUUAUUAUCCAACAGAUAAAAUGAAGGUUGCUCAAGGGAAUCGGUUUAAUAGUGAAUUUCUGGCACACGGUGACAAAGUGAUAGAAGACUAUUUAAGCACAAACGAAUUAACGUCAAACAACAUUUGUAAGAUAUUUCAAAUGCUCAUACAAAUAGAGGAUCUUCACACUAUGUUGUCGUAUUGCAAUGUAUAUCUCGAAAAUGUGGUAGUAAGUAAUACUACAAGUGAAAAGUAUUUAAAAUUCAAUAUAAACGUACCAUCACAUAUUAAUAUUGAUGAAAUACUCAACCCUAUAAUGGAUGAGGUGGUCUUUGUGCCUCUUAUGAGCCGUGCAAUGUCACAAAAUCAACUUAAUUAUCCCGUUGAUCUACUGUUACACCAUCCACACGAGGCACUCGACAGCGGUGCCGAACUUUUUCGAGAAGUCGGUAUACUCGAUAAACUGGAGGGACAAACCGCUUAUGUGGAAUGUUCUAAUCCACGAUUUAAUAUUACUAAAAAAUAUGAUAUUAUAUUUCGCUCACAUCGUGUACAUGUUCGUUAUCAGCAUCGUGCAUUGGAAUUGUUAAAUGAAGUUCGUCGUGACUAUCUUUUUCCUAACAGAAAUCCUUAUAAACAAGAGUUCACCAAUGUUGUUAAAUUAAAACUAAUUAAUGGGCAGAUUUUUGAGAAUCCCGAACAAUUACAAGCUGUGCAGCAGAUUGUCGGCGGUGCAAAUCCCUUUGCGCCAUACAUAGUUGUUGGGCCACCAGGUACCGGAAAAACGACCACAAUCGUCGAAGCUAUUUUACAGCUUUACAUUAAUCGACCCAAAUGCCGCAUUUUAAUUACUGCCAGUACAAAUUCGGCUUGUGACACAAUCGCUUUGAAAUUAUGUGAACUAUUUGAAAAUAAUCUAUUACUCCGAAAACUAUCUUUACAACGCAGAGGUGUUAACUUUAUGGGACGUCCCAAACCGCCCACCCAUAUGUUACGUGUAUUUUCAAAAUCACUGUGUAAGAAAGGUAUGAAAAAUAUCAACCGAAACCUUUUGGAGCAUUCGAAUUUUUGCAAACGUGAAUACAAAUCGCCAUCUGUGAGUGUAUUACAAAACUACAACAUAAUUAUAGUGACACUCAUUACCAUGGGUCGUUUGCGUACCGGCACCAAUGGCGAUUGGCCAUUUUCGCAUGUUUUUAUUGAUGAGGCCGGUGCCACUACGGAAACGGAAGCAUUGAUUGCUAUCACAAGUGUGAAUACGAAAUAUUGUCGUGUAAUCUUAUCGGGAGAUACGAAACAAUUAGGACCGGUUAUCAUGUCACGGGUAGCCGCUGAACUUGGUCUUAAAUAUUCGCUGAUGGAACGCUUGCUCGAACGUAAUUGUUAUGCCGUCAAUACGGAUGGUACUUAUGAUUACACAUUACAAACACGUUUGAAACGCAAUUUUCGUUCGCAUCCGGCAAUUGUCAAUAUCUAUAAUCAUCUCUAUUAUGAUAAUGAAUUAUUAGCAAAAGUCAAUUUAGCUAAUUUGUUUAGUUUGCAAAACUUGACUAUUUUGAAGAAUAAAAACUGGCCAGUGAUCUUUAUAGCAGUGGCUGGUAAACUUGGCAAAUCCUCAACAUCAUGCAGUUCCUUUAAUCAACUGGAAAUCAAUACAGUCGUUCAGACAAUUCAACAGUUGGGGGUAAAACCAAACGAUAUUGGAGUAAUUUCUCCAUACAAAUUACAAUGUACAUACAUAAAGCAAAAUUUACAGAAGAAAAAUAUACAAGGUGUUGAAGUGGGUACAGUUGAGCUAUUUCAAGGGCGAGAGAAGCCUAUAAUAAUUGCCUCAUUUGUUAAGUCAUUUUGUAAUUUAGGCUUUACCGCCGAUCCGAAGCGCCUCAAUGUUGUCUUAUCGCGUGCACAAUCACUCCUCAUACUCAUAGGAAACCCAAAAACUUUACAACAAAGUGAUGAUUUUGAAUAUGUAAUCAAGAAGUGCAAACAUAUGGAAAAUUUCAAGACAAACUUGCUAACAAAGUGAAAGCAAGCGAUAACAAGUGAAUUACUCUACAUUACAAAUAAAAGUUAAAACCAAAUUUAUAGCUUUAAAUAGCAUGGCUCUUCAUUUUACAUUCACAAACAUAUACAUAAGUAUGUAAAUAUUUUCUUAGUUAUCAACAUACAUAUGCAUGUAUAUUCAAAUUCCUUUUCAUAAUUUUUCUGCACUAAAACAAAUAUCAUAGAAUGUACU